AUGGGAGACAGGUUGCCGGAGCCAACUCGCGCCAAGCCUUCGCCUGCCGUGGCCGCCCCUUCCGAAGCAGAAGCGAUCGAGGUGCUGGAGGCCGAGGAUGUCUGGCCCCUGUCUGCGGAGGACAACCAUAGAGUUGGAAGGAACCAAAGUUCAUCUACUCCAACCUGCUGCCCAGUGGCAAGGCCGUCAACACACCAACCCCCCACAGAACAACCUUUGCUGUCCAGAACACAGAGAGACACAAGCAGAGGGCAGAAGCACACCAGAAAGCACUGGAAAACUCUGUUUGAUCAGUUUGACCCUGAGAACACUGGCUACAUCAGCACAGAGAAAUUCCGAAGCCUCCUCCAAAGCUAUGGCUCUGAGUUGGAUCCACACAAGCUAGAAGUGCUCUUGGCCUUGGCAGACAACAAUUCUGAUGGGAAGAUCUGUUACCAAGACUUUGUCAAUUUGAUGAGUAAUAAAAGGUCCAAUAGCUUCCGCCAAGCCAUUUUGCAGGGGAACCGAAGGUUAUGUAGCAAGGCACUGCUGGAGGAGACAGGACUUAGCCUUUCCCAGCGGUUGAUUCGGCAUGUUGCGUAUGAAACGUUGCCACGUGAGAUAGACCGGAAGUGGUACUAUGACAGUUACACCUGUUGCCCUCCUCCUUGGUUCAUGAUUGCCAUCACCAUCGUAGAGGUCGCCUUCUUUCUGUACAAUGGAGUGGUACUAGAUAGGUUUGUGCUGCAAGUCACCCACCCCUUAUAUUUGAAGAACUCAUUGUUAUAUCAUCCUCAGCUGCGGGCCCAAGCCUGGAGGUACCUCACCUACAUAUUCAUGCAUGCAGGGAUUGAGCACCUCGGACUCAAUGUAGUUCUUCAGCUUUUGGUUGGAGUCCCCCUUGAAAUGGUUCAUGGGGCAGCAAGAAUUGGGUUCGUCUACAUUGCUGGAGUUGUGGCAGGAUCUUUGGCAGUGUCUGUUGCUGAUAUGACUGCACCUGUCGUGGGCUCCUCUGGUGGGGUGUAUGCCCUUAUAUCUGCCCACCUAGCCAACAUAGUAAUGAACUGGUCUGGAAUGAAGUGCCAAUUCAAGCUGUUGCGCAUGGCUGUGGCCUUGAUCUGUAUGAGCUUUGAAUUUGGAAGAGCCGUAUGGCUGAGGUUCUACCCAUCCGCCUAUCCUCCAUGUCCACACCCAAGUUUCGUCGCCCACCUUGGUGGGGUAGCGGUCGGAAUCACCCUAGGUGUGGUCAUCUUAAGGAACUAUGAGCAAAGACUCCAAGACCAGUCCUUAUGGUGGAUCUUUGUGUCCAUGUAUAUGGUAUUUGUUCUCUUUGCCAUCUUCUGGAACAUUUUCGCCUACAGUCUGUUGGACCUGAAACUACCUCCACCUCCUUGAGAGUCUCAGCUAAGGACCUGUAAAGAACAAAUUGAUGACUUCCUUCUGGCAGCUCCAUUG